AUGUCACAGCCAGACGUCAAGACGCCGACAGAAGCGCUCAGAGAGUCGGCCUUUGUCAACCCAGAGGCCUCAGAAGGCAAGAACUGGGCGAGCAGACACGCGAGGCGAGGCUAUACGGACUAUGUCUCAAAGAGCUUUCCAUCGGCACCUCAUGCAGUCGGCACACUCGAGCUUGAGCUGCCAUGCGAUCAGCAGACAUUUGCCUCGGACUCUGUCACCCUGCCAGAUGGCUCACCGGCGCUCAAACUCGACACGAUCCUCAUGACGCUCUAUUACCCCGCUCGACUGGAGAGGGGCAGAUCCUACGAGCGACUGCCAUGGAUGAACAGACCCCUCUCCGCCACAGCCGGGGGAUAUGCAGACUAUGCGAGCUUGACGGGCUACAAACGCGCUUUGGCAAUUCCCAUCCUCAUGACUGCUGCGGCGCUCAUACGCGUGCCAGCUUUCGUCAAUGCACCGUUGGCCGAGCCUGCCUCCGCUGCGAAACAUCCCCUUGUCGUCUUCUCGCACGGCAUGGCAGGCAGUCGCCAGAUGUACAGUCAGUACUGCGGCACGCUCGCCGCGCGAGGCUUUGUCGUCGCAGCCCUCGAACAUCGCGAUGGCUCGGGACCGGCAUCUGCUGUCAACGGCAAGGCACCUCGCAUCGUACGCUACCUCAAGUAUGACGAUAUGCCUCGUUCGACUCGGCCUGCAGAGCUGAUGGGUCUGCGACAUGCACAGCUAGCGAUGCGCACCGCCGAGCUCGUCGCCGCCGUCGAUGCAUUGAGACGCUUCGGUCGUGAUCCGCAGAAGAGCAUACAGGACAAUUUGCGCGUCUCUGGUGCUACUGGCUUCACUUCCGGCCGUGCAUCGGGCGAAGUGGCAGACAUCGAUACGCAAGCCUGGCAGCGCGUCGAUUACGACAACGUGCAUCUCUCAUCACAUUCGUUCGGCGGUACCACCGUGCUGGCCGCACUCGCAGAUUCUACUUUUGCAGCAAGAGGCAUUCGUUCGGCCACGCUGCUUGAUCCGUGGCUGGAGCCACUUUCGAAGACAACUAGACCAGAUUCACGGAUACCCUUGCUCGCCAUCAAUUCGCCGAAUUUCACACUCUGGAGAGGUCACUUUGACGAGCUAGUAAAGAUUUUCCGACCCGCUGUUAGAGAUCACCCAUCAUCCGCCCUUGUCACUGUUCAAGGCAUCACGCAUACCACAUUCAGCGAUGUCGCUUGGCUCGCACCGGGACGCAAGUCUGGUUCCACAGGCAAGCGAAGCUCAGCAGAUCCUACCGCGGUCAUGGGUCUCUUCGUAGACAAUACCGCUGCUUUUAUCGCAGGUGAAGGCCAUCGAAGCAAUCCGAAGGCAGCAUUAGAUUAUGAAAACAUCAAGGCAGAGCUGAAGAAGCUCCAGCCUGGCCAAUCAGUCUCGCAUUUUGUCCAAGCCAACUUCCGUAUGGCGAGCCAGCAGAACUUCUAUGAGCUUUACCGGCGAUCAAGCCUCGGGCUAUCGCUGACUGACGCCCUAGACGAGCUGAUACAGUCGGGUCACAUCAAUCCCCAGCUAGCUCUCAAAGUCCUUGCAAAGUUUGACAAGGCAGCCGCACUUGUGCUUGCAAGCAGUCUCAAGACAAAGUGCACCGUCAAAGGCCAUCUCAAGACGUAUAGGCUGUGUGAUGAAGUUUGGACGUUCAUCCUCACCGAUGCGACGCUCAAGCUGGAAGGUAGCGAAGUCAUGGGUCCCGUAGGCAAGGUCAAGAUCGUUGCCUGCAAAGGUGCCUAA